AGGCCACUUGCUUAUAGCACGUUGGCUGAUCUUACUCACCAUAUCCGCAGUUCUCUCAGUCUUUCGAAUAUUGCUCGCGCUAUUGAUGUUUAUGGUCGUAAUAUACAUGAUCACACACUCCGUUUUCUAUCCAACAAAUGAGUUUACGACUGGUACUAAAUUUGGUUGAGUGUGUUCGGCAACUAGCAGUUUCUGCAGCAUCUACUGGUCAAGGGUUUCAUCAGCAAAAACCGAUGAUCGAAAUCGUGCAGUCGUUUUUGGUACUGCAAGGCGUUUACUUAUGCAAACAUUACGUUUAUGCGUACUCAAAGCAAAAGUUGUAGCGGAUCACUACAUACCUGCAUUGGAAUCUGUGUGUAUACCAGAAGCAAGUGAAGAAAUUUCUUCUAAUCCAGCGAAACAACGUCCAAGAUCUCUACAUGCCUACCUAUUUGCCAAUAUGCCCUCUUUCUCCAGUGAAUUAAACGAAGUCGGCUCAUUUAAUGAUAAAAAUGUUUCCCAUUCGGAUUUAACAAAUAUUCAAAAUUUAGGAAUUGAUUCAUCAAAAGUUCAUGAGCCUCGCAUCGUUGAGCCUCUGGCCAAAUUGCAACUUAGUUAUACGGAUGUUCGAACCCUAGUGAAAGCACUUAUCACUGGUGUCCGUUCUGUGGUGACAAGUAUGAUGCAGUGUCCACAUGAUGCAUCGCUCCAUUCAAAUAACCUUGCAACAGCUUCGGUGAUAUCAAACAGUCCAUUUCGUCUCGGGUUCUUAAUUCAGAUGAAUUAG